AUGAUCGCGGCCAAUAUGUUACCUUACUUGACUCUUCUUCUUCUUAUAUGGUUGAUAUUGUGUGACAACGUCAAAGCCGACACCGAGAUUCUCAACUUUCGUCUUCCACUAAUUUCCCCGGCAACUCCAUUCGAACUUCCUCCCCAUACCAUAGAACUUUCCUCUACGCAACAUCAACUCCAACUCCAAUUCAACUCAUCCUCACCCGAACAUUGGGUGUUACUUCACUUCGAUGAACCUUAUAAAGAAUGGACGACCCGUCUUUCUUGGCCCGGUUCGAGUCCAACUCGGUUCACCUUGACAUUAUACGAUCUAGAGCCUUCCGAGAAUACUGCCUUACUCCACAUUCUAUCCACCCCACUUGCUCCUGAAUUUCCUCAUCCCCUUCUCUCCCUCCCUCUUCCAUUCUUGAUGGACUAUCUACGAACUUUCUUCUCCACUUCUGCUCUGCCUUCCCUCACAGAGCUCGGUACUUCUCGAUCUCCCGAUAAGGGUCAUAUCAAGGAAGAGAAUGACGGAGAUGAUGGACUAUCCCAGAGACAAUUUUCAACUGGAAGGAACGAGAAGGGUCAACUAUGGACAUUCAAUACAUCCGCCCAUCUCGUACUUGAACCUCUUAAUCUGGGUAUACCACGUACAACCUUACCUCUCCUGAUCCAUCUGAUCAUCUUCGGUUUAGGCGCCAUAUGUGUUGUACCUAUCAUCAUCCGUUUACUCGAACGCGCUCAACGUUGGGGAGAGAUGAAACCAAAAACCAAAUAA